CUACCAGCGAAGUUCAGCCCCAUGUCGUUACUCACAUCCUUAUUUUCUGCGAGGGGAAUGAUUGGUGAUUACAUUUCCCCUUUGCGGAAUAACUUCGAUAGCGGAGACGGCAAGCGGCACGCAAUAAAUUCUGUGGUGUGGAGGAUGAGGCCAUACCAAGAAUUAAAGAUCCUGGGGCCGUUGGGGUCGAUGGUACCGAGGAGGCAGCCUCGAGUCCAUAAGGGCGUGGCCACCCAUCUUUUGUUGACUUCAAAAGCCUUCUUAUUUUCAAAUCCAAAAGUACCGUCGAACCUCACACUUCUAGCAAAAGUAUAUUCCAUCUUUGUGACCAGUCCUUGCCAACUAGUAUCAAAGCUUCAACGCAAUUCACAGCCAACCUUACUUAGCCAUCGUGUCGAAUUGUGUGCCAUGGCUUCAGGAUCGUAUUCCCCAGAGGGACAGCACAUGUCGUCGACAAGUGAACUCCUUCCAGGACUAUAUGAUGGAACGUCAAGUGAAUCUUCCGCAAGCUCCCCUCUGAAUUACAAUGUAAGCAUCGCCAGGCCCGGUUUUCACCAGCCCAUGGUCGACAAGGCUAACUUUCAAACAGGCUUUCGAUAGUUCAUAUGGCGGGAAUGGCUACAUGUCAUAUCCCACAUUUCCUAUGCAAUAUUCCACACAAGAUGGCGCUGCGCCCUUAGGGCUUAUACCAGUCGAGUUGGAAAUCGAAGGUCUAUAUGAAGACUACGACCGCAGAAGAAGGAAGAAUGGAAGCGAGAAGAUUGUAUCUUCUCAUGUACAUUCGGUAGGUAAUCCAAUGGCUGCUUGGUGACACAACAAGCUUAUCAUUUCUCAGCGCCGCAGAGCUCAGAACCGUGCAUCACAGCGAGCCUUCAGGGAUCGGAAAGAGAAACACAUGCGAGAACUCGAACAACGACUGGCUGAAUUAGAAGGCCGACACACCAAUCUCUCUCGUUCAUACGAGUCGCUGCAGAUGGAAUACAGUAGCGUGAAACAAGAACUGGAUUCUCUCAAGAAUGAAAGUUCACGAGGCGACGGGUCGUCGAGGAAUUACCACUCGUCCAAGACGGUGGAAGACUCUCAGCGCGAGAUUCUCGAUCCAUUACUCUUCGAUGUAUCGGCCUUCUGUUUUGAUCAGGAAGAUAUUACCCAUGGCCAUGGAAGUGAUUGAGCGAGCGAGCGGUGGUGUGAUGUGACGGACAUAAGAGAGCAAUAUACGACGUAAUGCGAAGCCAUGCAAUGCAAUCUGGGAUCUUUUUGGAGUUUGAAGUUAGGAGGCGCCUAUCAGGUUUGGAGGAAAAAACACAUGUACAGCUUGAUUGAUUGGCGUUGGCAGGAUGGUCUUUUGGUCCUGGAGGCGUAUGCGGUGUUCGGAAUUCUCCUCUGGGAAUGGUUGCUGUGAAUGGUCCAGCUGCAGUUGCAGUUGCAGCGGGGUCAGAGAUGGACUCUGCAUCUCUGGCCGCAUUUAUAACGAUGGACUGCACUGCAUCGAGUUUUUUUGUUAGGAUCAUGUACGCAGUGGAGUAGUAUACGGCAAGGAUGCCUAUAACAGAACUUGGUCGAUUGGAUUGAAUCACGAUUGAAAUGAAAUCGUCAUCAUCCUCACUGUGACUUUCCGAUAGCUG